AUGUUGAUGAUGAACGAUCUGGGGUCGAUGGCCGCCGGCAUGAUGCCUUUCGACCCGAUGUGCGGCAGCAUCUACGAGCAGCAGCCGCCCAAGCCUCGGUUCAUAUUCAAAAUGCCGCGGGUCGUGCCUGACCAGAAGAACAAAUUCGAAACCGACGAACUCUUCAGGCGUUUGAGUCGCGAGAGUGACGUUCGAUACACCGGUUACAGAGACCGACCGCACGAAGAACGCCAAAGUCGAUUUCAAAUCGGAUGCCGUGAAGGUCAUGUAGACAUUGCGUUCACCGCGACUGGAACCAAUUUGCAAUUGAUGUUUACUCCAAACAUGCCAAUUCCUUCAUACCAUCAAUCUGCCAAUGGCACUUGUAAUUUCGAAAAAGAACGAGGAAUGGUUCACAUACUGUCGCAUUUCAUAAUGAAUGGAGUGUGCGUCCGGUGGAAAGGGCGCAUCGACUUGGACAAAUUGGACGGCAUCGGUUGUCUGGAGUUCGACGAGGAACGAGCAAUGAUCGAGAAUAGGAUGUUGCAGGAGCAAAUCGAGAGAUACAACGACCGUAUCAGAGAAUAUCAGGACAAACCCCGUGGUUACAGAAACCAAGAGCGUGGGAUUACCGAUUCGGAUUUAGACGUGAAAAGAAGAUUGAACUAUUAG